AACAGACAGGACUCCUUGUUAAAGCAGGUCUGAUCUCAAGGUGAAGAAUUAAUUCAGUUACAGCAGAGUAACAGCUUGAUUACACAAAACAAACAUAUUUUCAUCCCAAAGACGAAGGAAUUUACUUAUGACUCAAGUACUGAGCUUUGAGGAUUGGAUGCUUUGACUUCAUAAAAGGAUUUAUAAACCUGUAGGAAGAUCUGCUGCUGCUGAAGACGUCUGGACAUAAGAGAUUUCUGUCCAAUUUUUAUUGUUUUCUCCACAGAGACAUGAUGUUCUGGAUUCUUUUACCCGUUACUUUAUCCCUGGUGUCCUUCCUUGGAACGUGGACUAUAUAUGGCCUUGCCUUCACCUACAAACAUGUGUGCCCGCUCACUGACUGGAGCGGCGCCAAUUACUGCAGGGGGAAUAACACAGAGGACUGUUGUUUUGUUCCUACAAUAAGUUCUAGUGGGAUGUAUGCUCCAGAAAGCUCCCUUUUUACGGCCACAAUCAACGCUGCAACCUUUCUUUUUCUGCUGUUCUGCGUAUUCCACCACGCUCACAUUCUGGAGAAGAACGUUUGUCAGGCCAUGCUGAGCAAAUUUGCUCUCGUCUUUGGGGUGGUGUCAGCCUUCGGGGCGUUCGCAGCAGGAAACUGCAACCCUGGUUACCUGACACUGCUGCACUUCUUUGGGGCUGCCGUCAGCUUCCUGUGCGUUUGCCUCUACGCUGCCCUGCUCACGGCCCUGACAGCCAAGUGUGUCCUGACAGGAUAUGAGAGGUUUCUCUACCCUCUGCGCCUCACGUCCACGGUGACUCAGUCAAUCCUGACAACCUGCUACACCGUUCUGUUCGUCCAGGACAACUACUUCUACAACCACCUGUCCGCUGUGUUCGAGUGGAUGCUGACGGUCAACAUGGAGCUGUUCGAGCUCAGCUACGCCGUGGAGUUCUGCUUCUUCUCCUCCUUCAUGAUUUCAAAUCUGCUGAAGAAGCGAGAAGAGGAGAAGCAUUUGAUGCUGACGUGAUGUGAAGCUGCCAGGGGUCCAGCAGAGACACGAGGUCUGAGGACAGCUGGAAGGGCAAGACCCUGGCUUUGGGACUAAUAGGGGGAUUUUUUAAAAAAAAUCUCAGCUGGAAUGGAUUACAAUUUUUUUUUACAGAUUUUCCUUGCUGCAUUUCUUUUUCUUAGGUAUUACAAUAUAUUUAUUACAGUAUGACUUUUACAGAAAAAAAAGAACAAAACGUUUAGUUGUAAUAAGACUUGAGGUAGCUUUGCUUAAACCUUUGAUUGUAUUUGAUUUUAGUUUUGUGCAAUAACCUUUUUUUGUGGAUGUAAUUUUUAUUUUUUUAAACAAACGCAGAAACAAGUAAUAAUGUCAGAUACUUCCUUACAGUAGUUGAUCAUGUUUCUGGACAUACGUGGAGCUUUGGUACUUUAAUGACAAGGAGUGUUGAGAUAAUCCAUCAGAAGGGUGGAGAACAUUUUUAUGAAACUCCUGUGACGAAACAAGAUCCUGUUUGACUAGAUCAUUAGGACCGAAGGACACCUCGAACAAUUUAUUCUCCCUGAAAACAUCUGUCAUCACUUCAACCAGAACAGACGUAAUUAGAUGUUAGUUUUUUUCUUUUUUAAAUGUGAUUUAGCAUAUCUAUGUCUGUAUAAAGUGGCUCUAUUAUAUUUCCACACCAUUUUGUUUCUUGCGCAUAGAGCAUAAAUUCAGUCUUAAAAAAAAAGAGAACAGGGUAAUAACUACAGGAAUGUUUUUUUCUGUUAAAAAAAAAACGUUUUUCAAUUAUAUCAUCAUAACAUGUGAUUUGACAUUUAACCCAGUUUUAUUUGUUGUAGCAUUGGAGUCCAAAUAUAAACUAUGUACAGACACUGUCAUUGUGAUUUCAAAAGAACAAAAUUAUUAUUUUUGCACAUCAUCCAACCACGUUAAUUAUUAGAAUAAAAGCUGAAAAGGCAAAAGCAUUUUCUCGCCUGUUGGUUACAUUAAUUUGUUUCUCAGAUUUAGUCGUAUGACAGUAUAAAAAUACUUAAGCACCAUUCUCAUUUCAUAUUUACUAUUUAUCUGGAGCACUGAUGUACUGACAUGUACAGCAAGUAAACAGCUUAAAAAUUUAAUAGGCUCCCAUACUUUAUUUUUCUUUAAUUAAACACCUGUUUUAGUUCUUUUCUAGUCAAACUAUGUUUAUAAUUGCCCCUUGCCUUAAGAUCAGACCACUAUCUAGAUAUUUACAAAAAUUCACCAAAACUUUCUGUUGAGAAUUUAGCAGCUGAAGCCGCCUGAAACCAUAAAUAGAACUCGGAACGGAAAAAUUUGCUGGAGUGGCAUCAUUAAGGCAUUCCUCUAUAAACAGUGGAUGCUUCAUUAAGUGACUGUUUAAUUCUGUAAUUACACCAACUGUAAGAUUGUCUCUGAUGCCAACUGUCGCCAGUCGACAAAAAAUAUUUCAGAUUAAAGUUCACUCAGACACCAUACUUUUCAUUUAAAUGACGACACAGCUGUGGUUUAAUGCAAAGCACUUAACUUUUACUUGAAAGAAGGUAAUAUACAUCCUGGAAUAACAGAUAAUAAAGAUACAUUAAGAGCAAAAUCAUUUCACAAUGAAUAUCAUCUUUUUUCCCCGCAUCAAACAAGAGGAGUGCGACAUUAUCUACAGUUUCUGUUAGGAAGAAAACAGUGAAAAGCACAUCUUUCUGUCAGCAUCUUAACUGUAUGGUACACUGUAAAAAUGUCAUCUAUAUGCAGUAGUCCACAUUAUUAACUUCAACUAAAAAAAAAGUUUUCCUUUCAAUGCAUACAUUAUAAAUAAAAUGUAAGUGGAAAAAAGGUUCAAAUAGUACUACAAGCAAUAUCCCACAAUUCCAGCAUGGCUGAAAGAAAAAAA